AUGACCCAGCCAGUACUGAAUAAUCUCUUGUGCAUCAAACUCGAGGCUCCAGAUGUAGAGCACUUUGACCCAACUGAUGCGGUUCACAACUGGAACACUAGUGGGAUUCGCAUGAGGAGACCCAUGUUUAAGGACAAUAAGUCCAAGGAGCAAAUACAUGCAUACAAUGUGGUCAACGUUGAUGAAGUAGAAAAUGAGACUGACAAAAAGUCUGUGAACAAUUUUCUUUCAUGUGUUGCUUACUUUUGUUUCAGAGUAUCAGACGACAUAGAAAGUAUUAAUGACACUUUCAACGUGACCGUUAUUGGUUUACCAACCACAUCCACCGAAUCCACAUCAACUGUGACAUCCACGGCACCGUCGACAUCCACGGCACCGUCAACAUCCACGGCACCGUCAGCAGUUGUCAACAACUGUGCAUCAAACCCCUGCCAGAAUAAUGGAACUUGCUUUUCCGAUGUAGGUCAGUUCCGGUGUGAAUGUCAGAUUGAAUGGACGGGCGAGCAAUGCCACAAAAAGAAUGAGAACGGCAGCUUUUCGGUGGGAUUAAAAGCAAUGAAGUGUCUUUCUUUCUGUCUCCCACUUGUACUAGGGCUGUGUGGUGGUUACGGACGGCCGUUCUAACAAAUUCGUUUUAGCAUGCAAACAUGUAACAUCGAAAGCGUCAGUUCAGUAAAGGUUUCGAGAUGGAAAUUGUCCGGUGACUUCCCCUGUUUUUCUGCUUUCAAUCUUAUUCAACAUGGGAGACAAUCAAAACAGAGAAACAUUCUUGAUAUCACGACUACUCUACCUGCAAUCGCUUCAUUCGUCGUGUUGCAUAUUCUUUAGAAAAUCAGUUUUAAUGAUCUUUUGCACAUGUUAUGGCAAGUUUUAGCGUUCGGUUGUUUGUAUUUGUUUUUGUUGCGCACAAAGCAGUGUGGCUCUCGAGAGUAUUCCUACGGUAGUCAGGUGAUCGGCAAGCAUGGAUUACUCCAAUCUCCACGCAGAGUUGUCGUUCCUUUCUCUCACAAACAGUCUCUGCCAUCACAGGAAAAUCCUACCAGAUUUGGUAGGAUUUUAAUUUUUGUUUAAGUAUUAUAUUAUGGAAAGUGGUAUGAUUUUCUUUUAUAUUUUGAAAAUCGUGUAUAAGUUAUAGUUCAAAAUUGAUAAAAACUAAAAACUUAAUUAAAAAUAUAAUAAAAAAUAACAACGGUAACAUUAUUGUACAACGUGGCUAGGCUAUCAUCACGUGGUUCGUUAUGAAGGCGGGGAUUUGAUCCAGCUAUGCUGGUUCCAGUUGAAUUUCUGCGCGGAGGUUGGGAUAAGUAUUUCUAAGCCAAAAUAGUUCUACAAAGUUAACAUCCGAAACCAACACAUCACUCUAAAAAAGUAUGCAAAUGACCACACCCGUCCUUGUUCACAAAGAUUAAUUUAACGAUCGACAGUGGUGUUAGUUGAGCUUAAUGUUCCGGUAUAGCAAAGAGGAAUAUACAAGAAGAACUCAAUAUUUCGAUAACUCAUAAGAAAAUCAUAAAUCCAGAUGGUCAUGCAGACCUAAAUUUUUUACCGAUAAAGAGAUGAUAUAAUUCUAUUGUUAUAGGUAAAUUGUAUAUGUGUAUCUAACUAAUACCGUUCAAAUGCGUCCGCAUCUGUAUAGGGAUGAGUGCUAUUUUAUGUUCAAGCAUGGGUAAAUGUAAUGGAAUAUAUUUUAGAAUUACUUUUGUAGAGGAGAAGCUAGUACUUGUUUUGAUAAAUUGUAUGACACAUCUGGUCAAUGAACAAACUGCCUAUUUUUCAACAUUGUUUUAAGAUGAGUCAGAACCCACAAUUGCUUAUGAAUAACACAAUGCGUUUAAGUUAGUUUGUUUUUCGUUAGACAUUACUGUACAUGAUGUGGUAUAUUGUUCACGUUUGCAUGCAAAUUGGGUUAAACUGUAAUUAAGUAAUUACAAAACUGUUGAAAAUAGUCGAAAAUGUGUUGCAAAAUUAUGUUUACCGUUAAUGAACAAUUAUUUUAAUUUAUAAAUAUAUGAUAAUUGCUCCAUUGAUAAUGACUUUAUUAUGCUUAGAUUAAACUUAAGGUUU